CGGUAAGUUGAAGCUUUGCACUUUACUAGAGCUUGACUAUUGCGACGCUCACGGUGAGAACGCGCUCUCUCAUCUUUUACAACCCACAAUGGAACCGUAACUGGCUGUCUCUAUUUUUGUUAGGAUUCGUAUGCUACGCCAUGCUGCUCAACGGGUUCACUCUCACAUCACGCUCGAUUUCCUGUUACCGAGGUCUGCAUUGCGUGUACGGACUAUAGUCACGUCAUUCAAAUCCUCCUAUGCGGAUCCCAUACCUCCAAAGAUUCUUAACCAAGUGACUGAUCCUGCCUUCGUCGAGGCUCUCGGUCGAAUACCGCCACUGCCAGCAGCUGUCCAUACCCUCAGCCAGCCAGAUGCAGAAUGGUUCAAUACGACAAUAGCGAAUCUUCGCGAAGCUUUACAGGACAAGGAUAUCUCAAAUACUUGUAGGCUGUGGUCUAGUCUAUCGCAGAAGGGAUUUCUUGGUCUUCUUGGCCCCGCCCACCUGGAGAUGUGCUCUCGGCAUCUAGGUGCAAUGUGCAACUCGUUGCCGGUGGGCGCCGCGGACUGGAAUAACGCAAAUCAACAGGAAAUCGAGGAGAUGGCCAUACAUCUCGCAUUGGAAGGACAUCCACAGUCGCUUAGAGAUUACAUGAUUUUUCAUGUCAAGCGGAAGGCACCCGACGUGGUUCAUCGUGUCUAUGCUCAGUAUUACUCGAGAUUACGAGAAAGGAGCGAGUCAGAGUAUAACGAAGGAAAUGACGACGUUGGUACGGUGGAGGAAAUGGUGGGGGACAGUGGUCAGCCGUAUGACGCUGAUCACCCGUCCUCAACAUUGUUGGACAUCGAGAACAGGAGCCUGGUCAUGGACAAUGGGGACCUCCGGGUUCCACAUGAAGAUGCUGGUCUUCCCCUCGUACCUGGCGACAUUCUCUUUGCAGAGGUUGCAGCGUAUGCUCUGCAAGACCGUUACCACGAGGCUCUAUAUGCCUUCUUGCAGACCAAAACUCGGAUGCUGCGCCCCAACCUAUCACUUGGCUUGGCACGUAUAGGUAAAAACGGUGUACUUCGUGACAAAGUUGAAACCUACUUCAAACGUGUAAACCUAGCUCGACUGCUUCGCAAAAAGACGACGAUCGCGAACCAGAUAUCCAAUCUCACUCAAAGUCGGGCGGACGUGAGCUUGAUGCGCCUUUAUGAUCAGAUCAAGUCAGAGCUUUCCGCAAGCGAUCGUUGGUUGACGUUGGAUCCUGCUGAAUUGGAUGACAAGGUUAUGGUCGUUGUGCCUGACUUCAUCUGGGCAUCGUUCUUGACAGCCUUUCUCAGAUGCCGUCGAUUGGAUUUGGCAGAAGUGCUGUGGGAUGAUAUGACCCAGCUCGGGGUUAAAACAGAUGUCGCGAUUUGGACUGCACUCCUUACCGGCUACGCGGAACUGGGUCCAGCGAUGUCGGACAAGGUGGCAGCCGCUUGGGACAUCAUGGUCAAGCAGGGCGUUACUCCAGAACCUCUCACCUACAGGGCUUUGAUUCAAGGACUCUUUGUUGGAGGACAGACUACUGAAGCACUGUUGCGGUUCAAGGAAUUUCAGGACGCUUUGAAGCAUUUACCUAACGUCGAGGAGUCCACGCGCUUACUCCUUUAUAACACCGUGUUACAUGGUCUAUUAUUCCAGAGCAUGGAGGAUGAUGCGUAUGCACUUCUUCGGCGAAUGCAAACCGAGGGACCAAGUCCUGACAUUGUCACCUUCAAUACGUUCAUGAGAUAUCAUCAGCGGAAAGGUGAUCUGAAGAAACUCGCUUCCAUCUUACAGAUGAUCGACUCUCAGGGUCUUGUCGGCGACGUCUUCACAUUUUCCACCCUCCUUAGAUCACUGCUUCCGGUGCGGGAAGAUGCCAUAGAGAUCGUGUCCAAUCUAAUGGUCCAGCAGGGCGUCAAAGCAAAUACUGCACUGUAUACCGGGAUCAUCGACCAUUUACUCAGGCAGGAGAACAUCACCGAUUUCAAGGCUGCGAUGGCACUGCUAACGAAGAUGGAGCAGUCGGAGGAUAAAGAAAUUGCGCCAAACGAUAUAACAUAUACCAAUCUCUUGGCGAGAAUAGUGCAAGCGAGAUGGCUCGAUGCCACGGCUGCCGAAGACUUCCAAAGAGAUAUCAUGCAACGCAUGCGGAGUCGAAAUAUCGUGCCUACGAAACCCAUGUAUCACAUACUGCUCAGAGCGUCGCUGAGCAACCCAGAACCGCGGGGUGUGCGCAAUGCAUUAUUAUAUUUCAGGGGAAUGCAAGCAGACAGACUCAUGAUUGGCCACGACGCGUGGUAUGUGCUCCUCCAGGGAUUGGCUCAACGGAAGGAAUGGGAAUUGGCGAAUCAGUUGGUGUCAGAGAUGAAUGGGAGCGGGUUUGUAAAGACAGCGGCACUUAUGAAGGUGGUCAAUAAGAUCAAAAUGAGGUGGAGAGCACAGGAGGCAUCUACCGGUGUACAAUAAUUGCGCGAUAGAGUAGAUUAUUGCGAUGCCGCUAGAAGAACCCGUUCGCCCAGGAAGAAUGACUUCCCCAGACCGACACGUAAAUAGCGUGCAUAUGCUGAGUAGAAGCGUAAAUCAAAUCGUAAGACCGCAAGAGAUAUACAAGACGCACCCCAAUGACUCCAUCUCCUGCCCAACCACUUUCCGAAGAAUGGGAGAAGGACGAUGGAAACCAACUGCUGGAGUUGCUCCAAACUCUCUUCCCAUUCCUGCUGCGCUAGACGGUAUUCCUCCUCAUCAUAAGAGUCAUCUGAUGCAGUAGAGUCUAGUGAUGCCACAGAGCUUGGCAUGAUAGUGGUCGAUGUCCA